AUGGUCGUCGACAACACCCAGCCAGAGGGUGAAAACCCCAUCGUCAAUUUCACAGUAGAAUUCCUCGGAACCCAAUCCUCCAGCAACAGCGCCAGUCGUCGAGAUCUAGGCUUCACCGGCCAACUCGGAAGCAAAUGGUACGCUGUAUACGGCGACGUGUUGUGGUGCGAUAGCGGUGUCACCGAUCCAGCAGAAGACACCGAAGGCUUUCACGGUAUGGUGCGAAAUGCUGUGUCUGCCUUGACCGAUGAUCCUCUUGUGGUAAAAGAUCUUCAUCUGAACGAUGAUGAGCCGGUUCCUCAUCAGAAGCAGCUCAUGCCGUUUAAUGAGGAGUGGGGAGAGACUAAUACCUAUGGUUUUGGUGGUACCGGGAUUGUUGAGACGGAUCCUGAUUCUGCGACUGGUGUUUUGUAUUACCUCGUUAACGCCGACGAACACUACAAAGGCGCCGGUGUAGCCAAGAUCGAACUAAUCGACGACGUACCCACUGUAACCCAACGGUACGGCGACAACGGUUAUUGGUGGGACGGAGACAACUAUCCCAAGUACGGCGACGUUGCAACCUAUCGAGAUGUUAACAGCGAGUACAUUUACAUCCUCGGAAAUCCUCCGAACAACAUCACCGAGUUUCCCGAUAAGAUGUACGUGUAUAUGGCUCGUGUUCCUGCCAAUGAAGCGUUUGAUCUCGACAAAUAUGAGUAUUGGUGGGGUAGAGAGGAAGGCUGGAAAAGUGAGCUUCUUACUACGUUCAAUUGCGAAACAGCUGUGAUGUGGGGUGUAGGACAAGGACAGAUUAUGUAUAACAAUCACUUUGGGACGUAUAUCUACGUAUACCUUGAUCUAUCCGGAACUGUCUACCUCAAAACUGCCCCUAGCCCGGAAGGUCCAUGGACGGAAGGCAAGGAGAUUUUCAAGGACGAGCCCAUUGAUGGUGGAUUGGUCUAUGCUGGGAUAGCGUACCCUCAUCUUGACGAGUCGGGGGAGACAUUGACCAUCGGCUUUACGAACAACAACUGGAUUCGGGUCAUCAAAGUUACGUUUGAAGAUUAA